CGUAUCAAUUCCCUCUCUCUAUUACUCUUAUUCCUUAAAGCUUUCGAGUUUCUUCAAUCUCUAUCUCUUCUUCUCCGAUCGAUCUGAAGUAAGAGAGCUUCGAGAGGAAGAAGAAGAUGGGUUGUGCUCAAUCUAAGAUCGAGAACGAAGAAGCAGUUACACGUUGCAAAGAACGAAAACAACUGAUGAAAGAUGCCGUCACAGCUCGUAACGCUUUCGCCGCCGCACACUCAGCUUACGCUAUGGCUCUUAAAAACACCGGAGCUGCUCUUUCCGAUUACUCUCACGGCGAAUUCUUAGUCUCUAAUCACUCAUCCUCUUCCGCCGCAGCAGCAAUCGCUUCUACUUCUUCUCUUCCCACUGCUAUAUCUCCUCCUCUUCCUUCUUCUAUCGCCGCGGUUUCUAAUUCAACCGCUUCUUCUUCCGCUGCGGUUCCUCAGCCGAUUCCUGAUACUCUUCCUCCUCCUCCUCCUCCACCACCGCUUCCUCUUCAACGUGCUGCUACUAUGCCGGAGAUGAACGGUAGAUCCGUUGGUGGUCCUUCUGGUAAUGGACUUAAUGGAAUCGAAGAAGAUGGAACUCUAGAUAACGAUGAUGAUGAUGAUGAUGAUGAUUCUGAAUUGGAGAAUCAUGAUCGUUUGAUUAGGAAAUCGAGAAGCCGUGGAGGUAGGACGACGAUUGAAGAUCAUCAUCACCAGGAGGAGAAAGCUCCACCACCUCCUCCGGCGGCUAAUUCACGGCCAAUUCCGCCGCCACGUCAGCAUCAGCAUCAACAUCAACAACAGCAACAACAACCAUUCUAUGAUUACUUCUUCCCUAAUGUUGAGAAUAUGCCUGGAACUACUUUAGAAGACACUCCUCCACAACCACAACCACAACCAACAAGACCUGUGCCUCCUCAACCACAUUCACCAGCCGUCACUGAAGGAGAAGAAGAUGAGGAGGAGGAAGAUGAGGAAGAUGAGGAGGAGGAGGAGGAGGAGACGGUGCUUGAACGGAAACCACCGGUGGAGGAAAGACCAAAGAGAGUGGAGGAAGUGAGUGUUGAAUUGGAAAAAGUUACUAAUUUGAGAGGGAUGAAGAAGAGUAAAGGGAUAGGAAUUCCCGGAGAGAGGAGAGGAAUGAGAAUGCCGGUAACGACGACGAAUUUGGCGAAUGUAUUCAAUGAGCUUGAUGAUAGUUUCUUGAAAGCUUCUGAAAGUGCCCAUGAAGUUUCAAAGAUGCUUGAAGCUACUAGGCUCCAUUACCAUUCUAAUUUCGCAGAUAACCGAGGACAUAUUGAUCACUCUGCUAGAGUGAUGCGUGUAAUUACAUGGAAUAGAUCGUUUAGAGGAAUACCAAAUGCUGAUGAUGGGAAAGAUGAUGUUGAUUUGGAAGAGAAUGAAACUCAUGCUACUGUUCUUGACAAAUUGCUAGCAUGGGAAAAGAAGCUCUACGACGAAGUCAAGGCCGGCGAACUCAUGAAAAUCGAGUACCAGAAAAAGGUUGCUCAUUUAAAUCGGGUGAAGAAACGAGGCGGCCACUCGGAUUCAUUAGAGAGAGCUAAAGCAGCAGUUAGUCAUUUGCAUACAAGAUACAUAGUUGAUAUGCAAUCCAUGGACUCCACAGUUUCAGAGAUCAAUCGUCUUCGGGAUGAACAACUAUACCUAAAGCUCGUUCACCUUGUCGAAGCGAUGGGGAAGAUGUGGGAAAUGAUGCAAUUGCAUCAUCAAAGACAAGCUGAGAUUUCAAAGGUGUUGAAAUCUCUGGACGUUUCGCAAGCGGUGAAAGAAACAAAUGAUCAUCAUCACGAACGCACCAUCCAGCUCUUGGCGGUGGUUCAAGAAUGGCACACGCAGUUUUGUAGGAUGAUAGAUCAUCAGAAAGAAUACAUAAAAGCACUUGCCGGAUGGCUAAAGCUAAAUCUCAUCCCUAUCGAAAGCACACUCAAGGAGAAAGUAUCUUCGCCUCCUCGAGUUCCCAAUCCCGCAAUCCAAAAACUCCUCCACGCUUGGUAUGACCGUUUAGACAAAAUCCCUGACGAAAUGGCUAGAACUGCCAUAAUCAAUUUCGCAGCAGUUGUAAGCACGAUAAUGCAGCAGCAAGAAGACGAGAUAAAUCUCAGAAACAAAUGCGAAGAGACAAAAAAAGAACUGGGAAGAAAAAUCAGACAGUUUGAGGAGUGGUACUAUAAAUACAUGCAGAAGAGAGGACCGGAAGGGAUGAAUCCGGAUGGGUCAGAAGCGGAUAACGAUCAUAAAGACGAAGUCAUGGUGCGGCAAUUCAAUGUAGAACAAAUUAAGAAGAGGUUGGAAGAAGAAGAAGAAGCUUACCACAGGCAAAGCCAUCAAGUUAGAGAGAAGUCACUGGCUAGUCUUCGAACUCGCCUACCCGAGCUUUUUCAGGCAAUGUCCGAGGUUGCGUAUUCAUGUUCAGAUAUGUAUAGAGCUGUUACGUUUGUGACUAAGCGGCAAAGCCAAAGCGAACGGCAUCAGAAACCUAGCCAGGGACAGAGUUCGUAAGAACUAUUGUAAAGUUCAGAGUAAUGUCUUCUUUUUCUUUGAUCUUGAAUAUUUAAGCGCACACACAUACAACGUAUAGCUAAACCUUUAUCAUUGCUUUCUUAUUAAGUUUUGGGUUUUAUAAGAAGGUUUGUUACAUCUGAGAUUCAUAGUGUUUGAUUCUUAAGGAAGUUAUGUUGAGUAAUAAGAAAAGUUGUGUAUUGAAAUAGAGUUGCAUUUGUAAU